CCGGAAGUAGACGCUCCUCUCGGGCAGGGCGGGGGGAGCAGGGAAGUGCCACCGCCAUCUUGGGGGAGCGAGAGACUGCCCCCCACCUCCCCCUGCACCGCUUCGCACCACUCCCCGCGCGUCCCGGCCAGCUCCGUGCCCUCGGGCCUCGGGCCCGGCUGUAGCUGGGGCAGGAGAGGGAGGCGAGGCCGGGCGACGGCAGCAGGGGCCUGGCGAGGACGGGGGGCCGGGCGGGGGCAGCGCCGAGACCUGAGGGGGGGCUGGGGCAGGGGGCUGUGGCCCGAAAGACUUGCUGCGGGGGCAGCCCGAGACCCCCCGGCCGGGGCGGAGCUGGGACAGGGCCCAAGGGCUUCCCGCAGUGUAGAGCAGCGGCUGCCCCGGGGCCUGGGCAGCCGCCGGCCCGGCCGGGGAGCAUUGUCCCGCUGCCGCCGCGAGGGAGGAGCAGCCCCGGGAGCAUCUAGGGCAUCCGUCUGCAUCCUCCUGAGUGGGCCUCGAGCAAUGGCCACCAACCUGGGAGACCAGCGGGCCGCUGAAUGGGCCCCGCAGUACAAUAUGGGAAACAGCAACAGCCGGGAGAACACUAUGGAAGGGCCAAUGCACGAGAACCCUGAGUGGGAGAAAGCCAGGCAAGCACUGGCCAGCAUUAGUAAAGCCAACGCCGCCUCUGGGAGCAGCAAGAGCUCCAGCAGUGCACCAGCUAAUGCCCAGUAUUCAUCCCAGCAAGGAGACCUGAGUGCCAUGCAGCAGCAACAGUAUUACCAGUGGUACCAGCCAUAUGGUUACACGUAUCCAUACAACUACUACUACCCAAUGAAUGUCUAUCCUGGCUACAACUCUCCCAGCCAGUAUGGGGUUGCGGGCUCAUAUUCCUCAUCAACACCCCAGCAGCCGCCAGCUCCAGGCCAGCACCAAGGGAACAUGAACCAGCCACCAGUCCCUGGCCUUGAUGACAGCAUGCCCUAUCCCAGCCAGCAGCAUCAGCUUGCCACCUCGACCCCCCCACAGCCUCCUCCACAGCACAAUGCCCACUCCAUGGGGGGUGCAGGCCAACAGCAGGGCAACUCCUCUGCACCCCAGCACCCGCAGCAGACCUCAUCCGGCCCCUCCUAUGGCCAGCACUCGUACUCAGAGGGGCCCAAGCCUAAGAAAGGGCAGCAAAUCUGGAACCGUAUGAAACAAGCCCCUGGUGCAGGGGGCCUGAAAUUCAACAUUCAGAAACGCCCUUUUGUACUAACAAACCAGAACUUUGGGGGCGCAGAACAGCAUGGUAACUUUGGCUCACAGCAGAACUCGGAGAAGCAUCAUAACCAUGGCUCAUCGGCUGGCAAACCUGAGGACUGGCCCCAGGACAUGAAGGAAUAUGUCCAGCGCUGCUUCACUGCCUGCGAGUCUGAGGAAGACAAGGACAGAACAGAGAAACUGCUGAAAGAGGUUCUGCAGGCCAGGCUGCAAGACGGCACAGCCUACACCAUUGACUGGAGCCAGGAGCCGCUGCCAGGUCUGGGCAGGGACGGCAUCUCUGAGAGCCCCAAGAAAAAGCGGUGGGAAGUGUCCUCGCUCCACUCUCCACGGGCCUCUGUGCCCUCAGGCCUGGCAUCGCAGCAGCAGCAGCAGCAGCAACAGCCCUCACAGCAGCGGGUUGGGGCCAGCACCUUGGGCCCCCCGGCCCCACGUGGCGGGGUUGGUGGGACAGGUGGUGGGGCUGGGGCUGGCCGCACCCGUGGGAAUGGCUUCCCCACCAAGUUUGGGAACCGCAAUGUCUUCAUGAAGGAGAACAGUUCAUCCUCCAGUGCUGGCUCUCGCUCCCGCUCCUCGUCGCGCUCACCCAGCCGCCACUUCAGGCGCAGUGAUUCCCACUCAGACUCGGACAGCUCCUACUCCGGCGGCGAGACCCGCCUGGGACCCCGCAGGGGUGCGCAGAAGAACCGUGGCAGAGGGGGGCACAUAGAGAGGGGUCGCAUGAGGAUGCAGAGGGGUAAAAGGCAUGACCAGGGCCCCUCCAAGCGUAACCGCAAGAGGGCCACCAUGGACUAUGAGGACCCUGAGAAGGAGUUCAAGAAGCAGCGGCGGGCGGCCCGCUUCCAGCAUGGCCACUCCAAGAAGCUGAGGCUGGAGCCCCUCAUCCUUCAGAUCAACAGCCUAGACACAGCUAGUUCUGAGGGCCCUGACUGGAAUGAGCUCAAGAUCAUGGGGACCAGCCAGGAGAUCACCAAGCACUACCUGCGACUCACCUGCGCCCCUGACCCCUCAACCGUCCGGCCUGUCUCGGUACUGAAGAAAUCUCUCUCCGUGGUGAAGUCACACUGGAAGGAGAAACAGGACUAUGUCUUUGCUUGUGAGCAGAUGAAAUCCAUCCGGCAGGACCUCACGGUUCAGGGUAUUCGCACAGAUUUCACAGUGGAGGUAUACGAGACCCAUGCCCGGAUAGCGCUGGAGAAGGGGGAUCAUGAGGAGUUUAACCAGUGCCAGACACAGCUCAAGUCUCUCUACACGGAGAACCUACCGGGCAAUGUUGGGGAAUUCACUGCCUACCGCAUCCUCUACUACAUCUUCACCAGGAACUCUGGGGAUAUCACCACAGAGCUGGCGUACCUGACCAAGGAGCUGAAAUCAGACCCCUGCGUAGCCCACGCCCUAGCCCUGCGUGCUGCUUGGGCCCUGUCCAACUACCACCGCUUCUUCCAGCUCUACCAUGAGGCGCCCUGUAUGUCCGGCUACCUCAUCGACAAAUUCGCUGAGCGGGAGAGGAAAACGGCUCUUAAAGCCAUGAUCAAAACCUUCCGCCCACUGCUCCCAGUCUCCUACGUUCAGUCAGAGCUGGCCUUCGAGUCAGAGGAAGAGUGCCAGCUCUUUUUGGCCCCUCUGUCCCUUGCGUACGCAGGCGCCGACACCACCAAGAUUGACUGCAAGCAGAGCUUAGCGGUCCUGUCCAACUUCUAAACCUCCCCUGGCAUGUGACCCCCUCAAUUAAAUCAAACCCAAGGGGAGCACAUGGCAGCUCUGGAGGGGCCAGGCUCUGGUAGCCUCCGAGUGCCAGCACAGAGGAGCUGCUCGCUGCACUCCCCAACCCCCCACCCUCAUGCACCUCUGACGCAUAGACAGAAGAGGGUAAGAUGGCCAGCUGACAGACAGCACGUCCCUCCACGGUGUGAAGAGCAGGAGGGCAGGGGCAUGUGCAAUGUUAAUGCUUUUCCUUUGGUCUCUUGCCAGCAGAUGACUUCUGCAGGAGGGAAUGGGGUGUUGUGGUGGGGAGGGGAGUGCCUUGGAUGGCGGUCACAAGGAGAGGCCUUCCUAGACGUUCUCCGGGGCUGGGCAGGGCCAUGCCAUCUGUACCCAGCGAAACACAUGCACAUGUCUGGCUCCCGGAUCUCGGUGCAUGAGAAGAAGCAGGUAGCUCCUUCCCAGCCGGGGCAGCGCACUCCUGGAGAGAUCAGACUCGACCUCCGGAGGGAAAGGAAAUCCAGAGGCUGCCUAGAGGGGACCACACAGCCCCACCCUGAACUCAGCUUCCGGCUUCCUUUGAGCACCCCUCAGGAGCAGGGAGCCGAUACUUUCUAGAGCCGAGCCCUCAGGAAACCUCCCAGGGUUAUUGCCCUGAACUCUCUCUCCCCUCCGUUCCCCUUUUCAUGGCCAAGGAAACCACUCCCUCUUGAACAGAGCUGACCUGAUGAUUUUUGGAGACCCCCAUUUCUCUGUAUAUAUUUGUUCAGGAUUCUGUACAGGAACCUUUUUCUUUGAUGCUGUAAAUAAGGAGAGAAAAUUGAUUGUAUUUUGUAAAGUACCUAUUUUCUACUUCCUUUUUUUUUUUUAAGGAUCAACUUUAGCAGGGCAGGCGGUGGGGUUGGGGUUUUUUUUUGUUUUGUUUUGGGUUUUUUUGCUGUUGAAACCAUUUGGGGGGAAUUUUAAAGAGCAAAUGACUUAUUUUGAGUCGUAGAUGCACUUUGAGCCGAAACUAACACUGUCUCAGUUUUCUCUCUCUCUCUCUCUUUCUCCCUCCUGCCUUGGAGCUUUUUGUCCAGCCUUGGAAAGAAAGCCAAAAAUCUGUAUACAAGAGGCACAUCUGGGCAAAAAACAAAGCAACCUGCAGAAACCAGCAGCAGAGGAGAAGGCAAAAAUAUAAAAUCACCCCAUGAAAAAGGUUGAGCUGCCAUCCCUUCCACAACCCCCUCACCAGAGACUCUUGUUCAGAGACUUAAAUCAAAUCGUAUCAGGGAUCCACCACAGCAGAGAGAAAAAGCAAAGGCAGGGGUGAUGCAAGCCAUAGCAAGAUGCUACAGGAGAAAGGCUACAGCUGCUGCUGCCAUCUCCCUGGGAUUGACCCAAGCCAAGCCUCCGCUCACGUCUAAGUGUUUCAACUUUUUUUCUGUGUUCCUGGAGGAGGGAGGCUUUUUAGUUCAUUUGUUUUAUUUUGAUUUUUUUUUUAAUUAUGAUUUUGGUUUUGCUGCUCAGUUUUUUGUUUAUUUUUUAUUUAUUUAUUCCAUCCCCCCACCGCUCUGUUUCUUUACAGGUAACUUGGUAACAACCCAUCCCCUCCCCCAACCUUGUCUCCUGUUUGUCCUUUUUUAUUUUUAUUAUUUUCCUUUCUUUUAUCUUUAGUUUCUUUAGUAUUCUGCUCCCCUCCCUCUCCCCUUCUUUUGAAAAUAUGUAACUUGUUGAUGUGCACAAGUAGCUGGAUUUCAAAUGCUCUUUUUUUUUCCUUUCCAGAAAUUUUUCCUUCCCCCUUUUUGAGGGUGAUUUUUUUUUCCUCAACUUACAAAUAAAAAAAAAGACUCUAGGGGAAAAAAAA